ACUCUUCAAAGAAACACUCCAAACAUGGCCGCCGGUCAAACCGCUGACAUCCACCAGAACCCCACUCCAGUCCAGAAGCGGCCAGAAAGAAUCGACAUUGGCGAUGGACUCAUCAUGCGCUGGUCUACUCGAGCCGAUGCAGAGAAUGUAGCCAACUGUAUGGCCGAGGCUUUCCGCUGGAUCCAAAUGGGGGUCCAAAUAAAGGAGGAUGAGGAGCCCGAGCCCAACGAGAUAGUCCGAGCAGCAAUGCUACGACUCCUCCGUGGAAACGCUGGCGUCAUGUCCGAGUACGACUACGCCCUUGUCGAGAAUACCUUGGCCAAGGAGGGAGAGAACCCUAUCGUCGCGUGCGUUAGUCUACACGCCGUUCCUGGUUACUACGGCAAUGUCAAACUGCAGUAUGGCAGACCUGAAUGCGUCGGUUCACUUCCAGCCUACCGCAAUAGGGGCCUCGUCCGCCGCCUGUUCCUCGAGAUGAUUAACCCGGCCAGUGAUGCUCGGGGCGACAUUAUCCAGUACAUCCCAGGCAUCCCUCACUUCUACCGCCAGUUCGGAUACGAGUACGCUCUUUCCAUCCCUACUCCUCUUCGAGUCGAGAACCUCGCUGCUGCAAUCCCUCCACGCCCUACCAAAGCACAGGAAUCAGACCCUGAACCUGAGUCCGAGCCCUUCUCGCUCCGUAUGCCCGCCCUGGACGACAUCCCCUACUUGCUCAAGAUGAGCACCCCGAAAAAGCUCCACGUCCAUGCCGAGCUCGGCCUGAUCUAUGACGAGGCUUACUGGCGGUACACUAUCCACGACCGGAUCCAGACCGCGCAGUCCAAGUACGACUGCACUCGGAGGUCCAGGAUUAUCGUCGAUGCAAAGACAGGCAAGGACUGCGGCGUGAUCGUCGCGGACAUGGGGAGAUCUCUCACACUCACAGUCUUCUCGCUCGAAGAUGGCUACCACUACCGAGACGCCAUCCACCCGGUCCUCAGGCAGAUGAUCGACAUUCUGAACCAGCCCAACCGCUGGGAGCUGAAGGAGGAGAAGGAGGCGGCGGCAAAGGCCCAGAGCAAUGCGAUCGAUGCCAAGAGUGACAGCGGCGAUGAGAGCAAGAAGGAUGAAGAGAAGCAAAAGACGGUGAGAGAGCCCAAGGUCAAGGCCAUCACCAGUUUCCUGGACCGCAAGCACCCGGUAUCGAGACUCCUCGAAAGCGCGUCCACUCCCAUGCCAUGGAACUACAAGCUCUACACCCGCAUUCUCUCCUACGCCAAGUUCAUCCUGAAGGUCGCGCCCGAGCUCGAGGCUCGCCUUGCAAAGUCGCCCCUGGCUGGUAUCACUGUCACUUUACACUGUGACUUCUUUCGCAAGAUGCUCGGGACUUCAGGACGAGGCCUCGAGGUGGUCAUCCGCAAUGGCAAGAUCGUCUCUGCCUCUGACGGCUGGGUUCCUCCUACUCCCGAGGAAACGAUGCUUGCGGCCCGUGCACGGAUCGCAAAGGCCAAGGAGGAAGGCCGUCCCGACAAGAAGCCGCUCGAAUUCAAAGCCGAUUUUGCACCAAUGACCUUCACGCGGCUGUUGGUGGGCGACUUGAGCAUUGAUGAGAUGCUGCACUUCUAUGGAGAGUGCUCAGUCCAAGGUGGACCUGAAGCCAAGCUCCUGCUCGAGAUCCUAUUCCCCAAGCAGGAAUUCUAUUGCGAUAUGUUUUGGUGGUAGUAGAUCAUUUGCCUCUGUAUUGUCCAACGUCCUGCACUUCCCUUUUUCAGCGCUACAAUGAGUUUCUCAUUAUGCAUGUUGCUGCCCAACGAAGGAUGAGGAAAGAUCGUAGGCCGAAUUAAUUAAAUAAUAUCUAUCUAUGUGGAAUACAAACAUCUGCACGCUGUCAAUCGACAAAAGGAAAACUUGUGCAAC